UGACGCUCAGAUUUCAUUAGUCUAGUAUUCAAGCGGCACCACGAGUGUGCAAACUUGCUAUUUUCGCAAUUUAUUACAUUAACGUUUUAUAACAUCCAGCGUGCGCCUGAAGAACUGGUGAGGAUAACCUAAGUGCCCAACAUUCCACGCAGAAAAGAAAUGAAAAUUUCGUUAUUCCAAUGUGUUUUGUGGCUCGUAUUAAGCUCCGCUGUUCUGUUCGUUGCUUCUUUGGAGGAAGAAAAGUUCUCCAACGCAAUCUUUGAUAAUUUCUUGGUGGACCUAAAGGAUGUAUCAGAUGUCAACAGAGCCAAUGUAAAGUUUUCUCUGAGAAACCCAUCGCAACCAGAUGAUGAUGUGUGUUAUAUUGUACAUGGCAAACCACAGACUCUCAUUAACUGCAACUUCAACAGCACUUCAAAAACCUUUUUGGUCAUUCACGGGUGGACGGUAAUUGGAUUGUUCGAGAGCUGGGUUGAGAAACUGGUUGCAGCACUUUAUAACAGGGAGAAAGAUGCCAAUGUCAUCGUUGUGGACUGGUUGGACACGGCCCAGAACCAUUAUGUGGUGGCAGCGCAAAAUACAAAGAUGGUGGGACAGGAGGUUGGACACUUCAUAGACUGGUUGGAGGAGACCACAAACAUUCCUCUGGAAAAGUUGCACCUGAUUGGUUACAGUCUUGGCGCCCACGUUGCAGGUUUUGCUGGAAGCCAUGCUACUAACAAAGUUGGAAGAAUCACAGGUCUAGACCCAGCGGGGCCGGACUUUGAAGGGGUCCAUGCCCACAGACGGCUGUCCCCAGAUGAUGCCCACUUUGUAGAUGUCCUCCACACGUUCACCCAAGGUUCCCUAGGUCUCAGUAUUGGUAUCCAGCAGCCAGUCGGCCAUGUGGAUAUAUACCCCAAUGGGGGAAGCUUCCAGCCCGGCUGCAACUUGAGAGGAGCCCUUGAGAAAAUCGCCAAUUUUGGAAUACUUGCCUUAAAUGAUGCCGUUAAAUGCGAGCACGAGAGGUCUAUCCACCUGUUCAUUGACUCCCUCCUGAAUGAAGAAGUGGCUAGCAGGGCCUACAGCUGUGGUAGCAACAACAUGUUCGACCGGGGCAUGUGCCUCCAAUGUCGCAAGAAUGGCUGUAACACCGUGGGCUAUGACAUUAGCAAAGUCCGCAAGGUACGAAGCGUCAAGAUGUUUACAAAGACACGAGCCUCCAUGCCAUUCAGAGUUUUUCACUAUCAGCUGAAGAUGAAUUUCCUUGCAAAGAUGAACCAGCCAGAGAUGGAACCUGCCUUGACAGUCUCACUUUAUGGCACCAAUGGUGAAGUAGAAGAUCUUCAAUUGAAUUUACAGAAGAAGAUUACCACCAAUAAGACGCACUCCUUCCUUGUGGUAACUGAGAAGGACAUUGGUGACCUUCUGAUGGUGAAGUUUAAAUGGGAGGAUUCCAGUAGCUGGUCUGUUUCGUCGUUACUAAGCAUGCUGUCUUCAUGGUGGUACGGAGAUUCCGAAAGUUCUGGCGUACAGGUCCAAAAAAUCCGUGUCAGAGCUGGGGAGACACAAAAGAAGUUUGUUUUGUGUUUGAAAGAUCCCCAAACAGCAAGUUUGGCUCAGGAUGUUGUAUUUGUGAAAUGCACGGAGCCAUGGAGGUCUUCGUCUAAAAGGCCUAAAUUGAAGAGCCAAUGAAAUGACUUGCAAGAGAUAUAUUUGGGAAACCCCAAAGCACUUAUUUAUACAGUUGUUAUUUAUUAAGACUGCAACUGCACUGAGCGUACUGUGUUGAACAUAUAAUGUAUUGCUUGCUAGGAAUGUAAUUAAUGCAUAUAGAUUUUAGCCUUUAAACAAGCACUAUCAUAGUUACACAAUGACCUUAUUACACAAAGUGAUGAUUAAACACCUCCACUAUUAAUGUGGAAUUGUUCUUUAUAUGCUGUCUGACCAAAAGGAACAAUUCCAUUCAGAAAACACCUUUUAAAGACCUAAAGUCUAAAUAAAUAAAUAGAUCAUAACUGCAUUCAGUUAAUAAUCUAAAGACAUGAUAAAACCUUUCAUUUGUUCAUAAAGUCAUUUAAAACAUCUAAUGUACUGUAUGUCGAAUAUGUUUUGUUAUUGGUACUAGCGUCACUUUGGUUUGGUUUUUGUUUGUUUGCAUUUUAGCACUUUAAAUACAUUAUAGCAUUUCCUAAUGAGUAAAAUUACUGUAUCAAUCUUUGCAUUGCAUCGUAACUGCUACAACCUAUUUAUGUUUGUAUUAUAAAAAAAAUAAUACAUGUGAUGUACAUCAAAGAAGAAACAAACAAUCUGUACAUAACUGUAAAUUUGUAUCAUAAUUAAAUCUAUCUUUAAGCUUAA